GAGAGGAAGGCAUUGCACCAUGGCUCUGUCGAACACCGUGCAGUAACAGGCUAGCGUGGAGAUUUUACCGGCAAUCCGUCACCAUCCGCGCCUUAAACAUGGACCUCCAGUCGAGAGGCAUAUCCUGGAUGCAAAUAAGUUGUCAGUAGUAAUUUGAGAAUACUGUAUUUGUCCAUUUUUUACCGUGACAAUUUUUUUGCCUUUGCACGCUACGAGGGAUUUAAACAUUAAGUGUCAGUGAGCUAGCAGGCUAACAGUCCUUAUCCCUUGAGCACCACUUUCCCUUUGGACCCAAGACGUGCUUUGACACUGCUUCAAAACUAACCGCAAUUCCCAUAAAACUGAAGUCGAACUCCAUAUUUGAUUGUUUAAAUCAAUACGUCUUACUAAUUUCAGGCUGACCUUCGUGGAGAAGAUAAAUACCUGGGCUUCCUUUCGAAGUUCAGUUGAACCCUAACAUUUUCAAGUUUGGCAGGCAGGUUCGAGACCCCCUCAUGCAGAACCACGUGAAAUGAAUAAACCGCCACAGCCUAUAACAGGACCCCCCUCUGUCCCCCACCCUGCCCCUUCCCCUGGACUGACACAGGCUGCCUUUUCCCCUGGCCAGCCCCCAUCUGUUGUCUUUGCUACACCACCUCCACAAAUGAACACUGCACCGCAACCCCGACAGUUUGCUCCCGGGCCAGGGCCACGCGCUUUACACCAACAGCCCUACUACCAGAACCGGGCCAGUCUGCCCAGCAAUGCCCCCCGGGUCCAGCCCAGCAAUACCCCGCGGCCCGUGGCGCCCCCCCACGUGUACCAGGCCAGCUCCCAGGUCAUGAUGAUCCCCCAGCAGCCCCUGCAGUUCCCCAACUCUCAGGGCCCAGCCUACUUCAUCCCCUCUGGACAGUACCGCCCACCGUACAUGCCUCAGGCUCAACAGUACCCAGUGCCCACUGGAACGGCUGGCUUUUACUCUGGGACCAGUCCAGAAUACGGUUCAUACGCUGGAGCCUACUACCCUGCCCAGACGCAGUACCCCUCCCCAGUGCAGGCCGCGCCCAUCAUGAUUAAUCCCACACAGCAGCCACAGGCUCCUCCCCCUCAGCAACCUCCUCCCCCACCACAAGUCGCACCCAAAAGGGAGCGCAUACAGAUCCGGAUACGGGAUCCUAACCAGGGAGGCAAGGAUAUUACAGAGGAGAUAAUGUCUGGAGGAAGGACUACCUCUACUCCUACGCCUCCUCAGUCUGUUGGGCCUGAGGUGCCAGGCUCCGCACAAACCAACGGGGAAAGCCUGCCCGCUGCCGCGCCUGCUGCCACUGGCGCCACAGUCACGAGAGCAGACGAUCGAGUGAAGCCGGCGGCCCCAACCCCUCCUCCCCCUGCCAAAACCCCCGAGCCGGCCGUGACUGUUGCUCCGCCCGCUCCCAAGGUCAAACCUGACACAGAGGUCAAAGCAGCCGACGCAGAGGUCCCCAUCGCGCCCAGCGAGUCAGAGUCGAGUACCCCGCCGCCUCCCGCCCCAGCGUCUCCCUCUCCCCCUCCAGUGGAAGUGCCUGCCCCGACGCCCGCCCCCGAGGUGGCCAAAGCCAGCGUUGUGGAUGGACCGGCGCCUCCAUCUUCGGGAGCAGACUCGGCCCCACAGGACCCUGCCCCACAGGACCCUGCCCCGGCCCCCACUGCCACGGUUGAGACUCCGGCCCCCGCACAGGAGGACAAGCCAGAGCCGACCAAGGAGGUAGAGGAGGAGGAGGAGGAGGAGAAGCAGCAGGAGGAGAAGCAGCAGGAGGAAGAGGUGGCCCCAGUGUCAGCCCCUGAGCCCCCAACCCCGGUCCUAGCCGCUCCCAGCGAGGAACCUGCUCCUGCCCCUGCCCCUGCUCCUGCUCCUACCCCUACCCCUGCCCCUGCCCCUACCCCUGCUCCUACUCCUGUAGUCGCAGCCCCGGCCGCCAACGGCAGCGAGGAGCCUGCCAAGAAACAGGAAGCCCCGGCAGUGCCGGACACGCCUACCUCUGAACCCGACGCAGAGCCUCAGCCCGCUGAGCCGCAGCUGCCCAACGGCUUGCCCCAGGACCCCGAGGAGCCGCCCGCGGCCAAGCCUGCCGUGGUGGAGGCCGCCGUCGAGGCCAAGGCUGUCGCCCAGGAGCAGGAAGUCUCCCCUGCCACAGAUGUCGCUGCCGCCACAGAGGUAGCCACAGAGGUAGCCACAGAGGUAGCCACAGAGGUAGCCCCGGCGGCACCAGAACCUGAGGUGAAGGCAGAGGAAGCCCGCCCAGCCACAACUAGCUGCCCAGUAGAGGAGACCACUACUAUGCAAGCUCCCCUGUCUGUGCCAAAGAAAAAGAAGAAGCUAAAGGAUCUGGACAAAAAAGAUGGUGGAGACAUGCUGGAUGCCUUUAAAGAGCCUGUGGAGGAGCCCGCUCCCGAGCCAGCAGCCCCUCAGCCGGAGCCCGUGGAGGCCCGACCCGCCACUCCUGCCGCCGCUCCCGCUGAGGAGCCCGACCAGACGUGGGAGGAGAAGGAGGACAAGCUGGACACGGAGAACAUCGAGCCCGAUGUCACCAAGGCCGGCGAGCAGAAGUACCAGUACAAAGAAGACCAGUGGAAGCCCAUUAACCCAGAGGAGAAGAAGCGCUACGACCGCGAGUUCCUGCUGGGCUUCCAGUUCAUCAGUGCCAGCAUGAGCAAGCCUGAGGGCCUGCCACACAUCAGCGAUGUGGUGCUGGAGAAGGCCAAUAAGACGCCCCUGCGUCCCAUUGACCCGAGUCGUCUGAUGAACUGCGGUCCAGACUUCACCCCCUCCUUCGCCAACCUUGGCAGACCCUCCGCUAGUGGUCGUGGUCCGCCGCCCGGACCGCGCCGCUCUCAGCAGGGCCAGCGCAAGGAGCCGCGCAAGAUCAUCGCCAGCGUGUCCCUGAACGACGACGUGCAGCUCAACAAAGCCGAGAAGGCCUGGAAGCCCGGCGUCAAGAAGACGGCACGCCGCGGGCCGGCCGCCGCCGAGGAGGAGGAAGCGUCGGACGACCCCGAGGCGGCCAAGACGCAAGAGCUGUUCAAGCGCGUGCGCAGCGUGCUCAACAAGCUGACGCCCCAGAUGUUCCAGCAGCUGAUGAAGCAGGUGACGGAGCUCACCAUCGACACGGAGGAGCGCCUCAAGGGCGUCAUCGACCUCAUCUUCGAGAAAGCCAUCUCCGAGCCCAACUUCAGUGUGGCCUACGCCAACAUGUGUCGCUGCCUUAUGGGGCUUAAAGUCCCCACAUCAGACAAGCCGGGAGUCACUGUGAAUUUCCGCAAGCUGCUGCUCAACCGUUGUCAGAAAGAGUUUGAGAAGGACAAGGAUGACGACGAGAUCUUUGAGCAGAAACAAAAGGAGUUGGAAGCUGCCUCUGAGGGAGAGCGUCAGCGCCUGAACGACGAGUUGGAGGAGGCCAAGGACCAGGCCCGUCGGCGGUCGCUGGGCAACAUCAAGUUCAUCGGCGAGCUCUUCAAGCUGAAGAUGCUGACCGAGCCCAUCAUGCACGACUGCAUCGUCAAGCUGCUCAAGAACCACGACGAGGAGAGCCUGGAGUGCCUGUGCCGCCUGCUCUCCACCAUCGGCAAGGACCUGGACUUCGAGAAGGCCAAGCCCCGAAUGGACCAGUAUUUCAACCAGAUGGAGAAGAUCAUCAAGGAGAGGAAGACCUCAUCCCGAAUUCGCUUCAUGCUCCAGGACGUCUUGGACGUCAGAAGGAACAACUGGGUGCCCAGGAGAGGAGACCAGGGCCCCAAGACCAUCGACCAGAUCCACAAGGAGGCCGAGCUGGAGGAGCACCGUGAGCAGAGCAAAGUGCAACAGCUGCUCAUGAACAAGAAGGACAUCGGAGGCCGGGGUAGCGGAGGUGGCGGUGGCGGCGGCGGAGGAGGAGGAGGAGGAGGAGGCCGCGGCGGACCCCACUCCUCAGGGGGCGGCCGCAACAGCCAGCCCCAGGACGAGGGCUGGAACACCGUGCCCAUCUCCAAGAACCGACCCAUCGACACGAGCCGUCUCAGCAAGAUCACCAAGCCUGGCGCUUUGGACUUCAACAACCAGCUGCUGGCGCCCGGAGGCAAGGGCACCUGGGGCAGCUGGGGCAAGGGCAGCAGCGGUGGCACCGGGGCCGCCAAGCCCAGCGGAGAGCAGGAAUCUGGUCGGCCGGCCACCAGCACAGUCAACCGCUUCUCAGCACUGCAGCAGUCUGGACCACCCUCCUCUGCCUCUCUGGAGGCCGACAGGAGAGUCCCACAGAGAAACAGCUCCAGCAGGGACCGUAGCGAUCGGGACCGCGGCGAGCGUAGCGAGCGGGAUAGGGAACGAUUCGACCGGUUUGACCGCCGGAACGACAGGAGCCAAGAUCGUCAACGGCAGCCCAUCACCAAGCGCAGCUUCAGCCGGGAGAACGAGGAGCGGAGCCGAGGAGGCGACAGCCGCGGUCCCGGUGACGCCGUGCGUCGCGUGGCCAGCAUGACUGACGACCGCGACCGGGGCAGCAGAGACCGAGGCAGCCGCGACAGAGGCAGCAGAGACCGGGGUAGCAGGGAUCGAGGCGGCCACGCCAGGGACCGAAGCAAAGACAGUGUGAAGAGGGAGGCUGCUCCUACUCCCCCUCCCAGCAAACCGGCCUUGAGUGAGGAUGAUGUGGACAAGAAGGCCAAGGCCAUCAUCGAGGAGUACCUACACAUCAACGACACCAAGGAGGCAGUCCAGUGUGUGCAGGAGCUGAACAGCGAGUCGCUGCUCUUCGUGUUUGUGCGGAACGGCGUGGAGUCCACUCUGGAGCGCAGCACCAUCGCUAGGGACAAGUUGGGGCAGCUGUUCCGCCACCUGGUCAGCGCCGGCGCGGUCUCCCCCGACCAAUACUACAAAGGGCUGCAGGAGACUCUGGAGAUGGCUGACGACAUGGCCAUAGACAUUCCCCACAUCUGGCUCUACCUGGCUGAGAUCAUCACCCCUAUGCUGCACGAGGGAGGUAUCCCCAUGGGCCAGCUCUUCAGGGAGGUGGCCAAGCCUUUACUGCCGAUGGGGAAAGCUGCUGACUUCCUGGUCCAGAUCCUCAACUUGCUCUGCAAAGGACUGAGCCAUAAAAAGGCUGGUGCCCUUUGGAAAGAGGCUGGACUGAACUGGAAGGACUUCUUGCCCGAGGAUGAGGACGUAAACAAGUUUGUCACGGAACAGAAGGUGGAGUACACCCUGGGAGAGGAGUCGGAGAAGCCCAGCAAGAAGGAGCUGCCUGGGGAGGAGGUGGGGAAGCAGCUGGACAGACUCCUCAAGGACAAGGCCAACAACCAGAGGAUCCACGACUGGGUGGAGGCCAACUUGGACGAACAGGAGAUCGGCGCCAAUCAGUUUGUGCGUGCGCUGAUGACCUCUGUCUGCCAGGCUGCCAUCAUCUGUGAGAAUCCCUACAAGGUGGAUGUGGAACAGAUUACCCAGAGGGCCAAGAUGCUGCAGAAGUACCUGUCUGAUGAGCAGAAGGAGCUCCAGGCUCUCUACGCCCUCCAGGCCCUCAUGGUGCGCAUGGAACAACCAGCCAACCUGCUGCGCAUGUUUUUCGACACACUGUAUGACGAAGACGUGAUAAAAGAGGAGGCCUUCUACAAGUGGGAGUCCAGCAAGGACCCGGCUGAGAUGCAGGGCAAGGGCGUGGCCCUCAAGUCCGUUACUGCUUUCUUCACCUGGCUGCGGGAGGCGGAGGACGAGUCGGACAACAGCUAGGCCUCGCUGUCGCCCCCCGCUGUUCAGGAGGAGCGGUGCAAGCGAGGCUGCUCGAAAGGGAGAGAGGAGGAUUUUGUCACUAAACGAACACGAUGCUCGUUGAGCUGCCCUUCCCUGUUGUCUAAGGGAUGCCCUUGGACAUGACUACAAACUACAAUCUCUCUUCUCUUCUCUCAUUAUCUCCUGUCUCCUCUUUGUGGCAAAAUGUCCACCAAAUGAAAAUAAAAAAAAAAGUGGGGAAAAAAGAAAAAAAAAUGAUUCUGCAGGAAUGCUUCAACGCGUUACGUCAUCACACCAUCAUUUACAGCAUUUUAAAAAGGAAAAAAAAAUAAGAUUCCUGAAAUGAUACAAACCAACGCUGCUCUUAUGUUAAUAGAAAUAUAAAUGCAACCUAGUAUGUGACACGCGCGUAUAGAUGAAAUGGUGUCAUAUCCUGUGUUUCUUGGGCAUGAGAGGGGUGUCAUGCCGUGAUGUUUUGUGUGACCUCUGACCCAAGUUUAUACUCUUACUUAGGGGGUUGUGCGCGCGCGCAGAGUGAUUGGAGUGCUUUUUUUAAAAGAGAAAAAAAAAAAUGAUGUUGAAGACAAGCGUAGUGUUUGCUGACCUCUCAAAAUGACGAAUGGAUUUUGAGCCAGGUCUGCGAUUCCUUUCCUCACCCCUCUCCCUUUGCUUUGUGUUCACUUCAGUGGGGAUGUGAGGAUGAACCAGGAAGACAUGGGAUGGACUUUGACCUUCUGACCUUAACUACUAGGCAAGGUUGACAUGCUUCCUUUUUAAGCCAUCCCUCUCCACCCACCCCACACCUCUUGCUCUUGCCCCUUGUCCUCCACCCUUUCGUCUGCAUUUUACCUCUUCUGCAUUUAAGAACUGUCUGGGCCUCUGUUAGAAGGCCUGUACCAGAGCAAGCCUGCAGUGUAUUUUUAAGAUGAAAUCAUAAUUAAAACUUGAAAGAAAUCGACUUGAUGAAAUGACACAGUAAUGAUCCUAAAGCCUUUUCUACUCUCUAAGUGGAAACACAUUUCAGGAGCGUUCUGUACAUAUAUAUUAAAGGGUUUUUUUGUUUUGUUUUAUUUUUCAGAAAUUAAAAAAAAUCGGAUGUAUUGCCAUGUAUUUUUUUCCAGCAGAAGUGGCAGUUUCUCUGUAUUUAAGAUUUCUUUUUUCCCCUCCAGCUGGUGAGAGGUGCUUACAAUGAUCCACUGAUUACAGUUUUAUUGAGAAAAAAAAUGUAAAUAUAUUUUGCUUUCUUUAUUAUUUAAGGAAUUAAUGCUUUUUUCGCAUCAGAAACUGGAAAAGCAGGAGAAACGGAACAUUGCAAAUAAAAGACUAUCAAGUUGCUGA